UCACAAGCAUAGAUAGAGAGAGAUCAAGCCAAGGCAAUCAGCUUGCUACAUAUACAACUGCUCUUGAUACAAAGUGGCAUUAAUGGACGGGACGCUAAAGACUUUCUGCCUACGAAACCACUGCGUGGUUUUUUUACUAGUCUUGCCGGAAACUCCACGUCCAAAGCAAGCCACCGGCUCCAAUGGCUUCGGGUUCGAAGAAGCAAGACUCGAAACUCUGCUGAAAAAUUCCAGGGAGGGAGGGAUUCGAUAUGCAUCUCUCUCUCAUACUCUGGUAGUCGAAAAACGCGGGCCACAACGUGCAAUGCAUUCGAUGACAUGCAUGCGUUCUAACGAGCGUGAAAUACGAGGACUAGUUUUUUUUUCUUUCUUUACCUUUCUCCUCGUGUCAUCAUAUGAGCCGCAUUCUAGGAUUUGAGAUAAACAUGAUAUGCGAAAGGCGGAGGGUUUCUGCACGGAGGCAGGGUGCGUG